ACCGUGCCUCCCUACUGAGUCACUCCGUUUUUGCCAACACCCAGGAGCCAAAGCCGGAGGGCUGAGUAUAAAUCUUCAGCAUGGGGCCAGGCUAGGGCUCCCAGUUCCUGAGCUCUGAGGAAUGGCCUUUCACUGGGCCAUGCGGCUACUGUUCUUGGCAGCCUGGAGUGUGGGCUGUGGCGAGGCCUUCAGAUGCUACACCUGUGCGCAGCCUACACCCAUUGAUAAAUGCAAGACAAUCACUCAGUGCAAGUUGGAGGACACAGCCUGCAAGACCAUACUGGAGAUGGUGGAAUCAGAGUUCCCCUUCAACCAGAGCCCUAUGGUGACCCGCUCGUGCUCCAGCUCCUGCCUGGCCACCGACCCUGAUGGCAUUGGGGUUGCCCACCCUGUCUUCUGUUGCUUCCGCGAUCUCUGCAACUCAGGGCAACCAGGCUUGGCGACAGGGCUCUAGCCACAUGAGGGGCCUCAUUCCUCUGACAUCUACUCUCCUGGCAGGGCCCGGCGCCACCUGUGGUCACCUCCACCUGCAUGCCUCUGUGAGUAGAGCUCACUGGGCCUCGGGUCACUCACUCUGUCCCCCAAACUUGUGGAAAAUAAAAUAAGCCA